ACCAAAAUUCCAAGAGCGCAGAAAGAUUGAAGAAGAAGAAGCAGAAUGGCGGAGGAGCAGAAAGUUCAAAUUCCAAGAGUGCAACUCGGAACUCAGGGACUCGAGGUUUCCAAGUUGGGAUUUGGGUGUAUGGGGCUUACCGGAAUCUUCAAUGAUCCAGUCCCCGAAGAGCUUGGCAUAUCGAUCAUCAAGCACGCAUACGAUAAGGGAGUUACAUUCUUCGAUACAGCAGAUCUUUAUGGACCUCAUAUUAAUGAAGUUUUGGUUGGAAAGGCAUUGAAGCAGUUGCCACGAGACAAAGUUCAGUUGGCUACGAAGUUUGGUAUCGUAAAAUUUCAACCAAAUCAGGUGUUUGUAAAUGGCACUCCUGAAUAUGUCCGCUCCUGCUGUGAGGCUAGCCUGAAGCGCCUCGGCGUGGACUACAUUGAUCUUUACUAUCAACACCGUAUUGAUACAACAGUCCCCAUAGAGGACACUAUGGAGGAGCUAAAGAAGUUGGUUGAAGAGGGAAAAAUAAAGUACAUUGGAUUAUCGGAAGCUAGCCCGGACACAAUAAGGAGGGCUCAUGCAGUUCAUCCCAUCACAGCUAUACAAAUGGAGUGGUCGCUUUGGACUCGCGAUAUUGAGGAAGAAAUUGUCCCGCUUUGCAGGGAACUUGGAAUCGGGAUAGUGCCAUACAGCCCGCUUGGUCAGGGAUUUUUCGGUGGCAGGGGAGCUGUCGAAGGUCUGCCUACAAGUGGUUUUCUGGCGUCAGGUUACUAUCCUCGUUUAACAGGAGACAACUUAGAGAAAAACAAGGUCAUUUUUGGCAACGUACAAAAGUUAUCCGAAAAGCACAGAUGCAGCCCUGCACAAGUUGCCCUAGCUUGGAUUCUUAGCCAAGGUGAUGGUGUGGUACCAAUCCCUGGGACGACAAAGAUUAAAAAUCUCGAUAGUAAUAUCGGAUCACUGAGAUUGACACUCACUGAAGAUGAUGUGAAAGAGAUUUCUGAUGCGGUACCUGUCAACGCGGCGGCAGGGGAAAGAACUAGUGACAGUUUCAUUAGCUGCUCAUGGAAGUUUGCAAAUACACCUGCAAAAAUACCAACUUGAAUGUUUGUUUAUGCAUUCGAUUCAAAUAAAUUUUGUAUGUGUGUAUUAAUAAGAUUCUGAUGUGUUGACUUCAAUGCCAAUGUGUCUGUUUCAUUCCUUGUAUUCACGGUACCUAUAAUAGUAAUUCAGCACAAAACUUCUGUGCUUUGUUAAAUAACGGAUUUUGUAUCGAUAAUAAAAUAAUGCAUUCUACUA